GCUGCUCAGCCAGUAACCGCUAGUCAGUCAGGGAACACGAGUGCCAUUGGGCGCGCUCUAAAAAUAUCCGCGGACUUCGGCAUGUUAAUAAAACGAACAAAAUAACUUGACUUGUCAAUGACAAUAAGUAUGAACGAAGAUUGUAAAGUGAUUAUCAGUUUUUGAUACAAUUUCGGCGUCAGUUUGUAAGAGACAGUUUAUUUUGAAGUAAACUUGAUAUCGUAGUGAAUUCGCGGUAAUUUCCCCGUGUCUUAUUGUUUGUGAAUGGAAUCAAUGUUGUUUAUAUAAAAGGAUGUUAUCAUUACGGCACAUGGUACUAAGAAACUGAAUUUUCUAAAUUUCAUGGGAUUUAAAAGCUGGUGUGCAGUGCGUGUGUGAUGGUACGGACGCACACGGUGCUGCUGCUGGCGGUAGCACUGUGCGGCGCCGCCACUACGCUCGACUCCGAACUCGGGUUAGGCAAGGCGAUCAACAUAUUUAUGAGAUAUGGCUACCUCAGCAUCUGUAUGCGGGUGGUCCCUCGCAACGACACGGAAGGCUGGGUGUUCAGAGAGCCCACAGUCUCCGUGUUCAGGGAGGUGGAACAGUUCUCCAUCGCGCCAACUCCUCGUCACGCGAAGACACUCUUCGACGGAGACUUCCACAUGGAGUUCUGCGAUAACCUGAAGCAGUUGCUGCAGGCUUACUUUAGGGAUUUUAGCUUUGAAAGACUGGAGCGUCCAUGGCGUGCAUUCACCGCUGGCUGGCCGACGGACAUCAUGGCCAGAAACCUAGGCAUCAACUCUUCCUUCAUCAAUGGAGAUCACUGCUACGUUCUUGUUAGAGUUUCCAGGUUUCGUGAAACAGCCAAAUUGAGUGAUUUGCCAGGGAAUAUAGCCGUGGAGGAUGUAGUCUAUGACGCGAUACAGGAGGCCAACAUAGGCGACACAGCAUCCAUCGCUGAUUUUAUUAGAAAGUACGGUUCCCACUACAUUGCGUCGUAUAUCACUGGCAACUCGUUAUAUCAGGUAUUUGUGUUCUCUAGAACGGCAUACUCUAUGAUCAAAGAGAGGUUAAAAAGUAAAGGGGUAGCUGAUAUAACGGCUAAGGAACUUGAAGGAUACUUCUCACCAUGGCAUGCCAAGCAUAUAGGCCAGAUAAAGGUGGCUAGUGGCAAUAAAACUGUAGAAAACUGGGCGAUGAAGCGCCUAAGGGUUCACUACUACAUUUUCUCAUACCCCAGCUUACUAAAGCUGCAUGGAGAACCCUCUUUACUUAGGAGUCUGGACACCUUACUAGGAAACGAAGCCUUAUUGCAGUUAGAAUUAAAGACUUUAUCCCCUGCAUUUAAGGACGUGAAGAAGAAGAAAUGGUUUGAAGAAGUCAUAGACAAUUAUUUAAAACUUUGGGAAAGUAACAUGUGACGUAACGUUAGUUAAUAUUUUAAUUAAAUAGUGAAUAUUUUAUGAAGAGAUGUUGGAAACUGAUUAGCUAUUAAUGUCAGCAUUAUUUUUGAAGAAAAUGUUUGACAUUAACAGGGCUGGCUGUCCCGACAAAAUAGGGACAAAAUACGGUCGUUAAGUCGUGAACUUUAAAAGAUUUUCAACCUUAAUGUUUAGUUUAAGAGUUGUAAAUCUCUUAUUGUAUUUCUGACUUAGCAAUUGAAUAUAUUUGUUAAAAUUUCCAGCCCUUAGCUAAUCAAUCUAAUUGAAACAAUGCAUAAAAGUGACCAUUUUUAGCAACUAUUAAAAAAACAACGAACAUAUUUAUUUUAUUGUGAAUUUUGAAUUAAAAUGAUGUAGUUUUUAAGUACAAUAAAAUUGAAAUGUAUUCGUUAAGAGAAUUGUGAUUACUUAAUAAACUAAUAGAUUCACGAAUUGUGGUCAAAUAAACAAAUUAAUGCUAUCUAUAUCUGAAUGAAGUGAAUCGAAUUUUGAACGACUUGCAUAAAUAUAAAUAACUAUAAACUGUAUUUUUGUACAUAUUAUAUUAUCACAGUGUGCCUUAAUUAUAUUCUUCCAAAAUUAUUGAAUAAAAUAUUUACAAAUGCAUUAUUAUAAACAUAUGAUUCCACUGCAGACGAACUCUUUAAAUAUUUUCUAUACAAUAAAGAAAAAACAUUAUUCAUCACAAAUCAACUACAACACGUACAAAUAUUUAUUGAAUUUGAAAUGUAAGUUAGCGGUAGGUCCAGAAAAAAAAUGAGAUUCCUUAUCUUCCUUUCGAUAAAACUAUACAACAAAAAAACAAAACACUUUUUUUGUCUAUGAUUCAUUCAUUAGUCCACAAAUUGAACGCUAGAGGCGCUGCUAUCGUUAAAAGAUGUUAAUGUUGAUAGAAAAUAAUGUUUUAUUUUUCAGUUCGACUGUCUGCAUUGGAAUCAAAGUUUCAGAACCUUUUAAAAAGACUAUUUAAAAAAACAAAUCUGUCCAUUAAUGUAACUUUUAAAAUAUUUAAAUGACAAUAAAAUAUAGUUGUAAAGUGCAAUAAGAGAUUUCGCGACGCGAAUGCGAGAUCAAAAAACUGUAUGCAUUUAGUUUCGAAUAAGUAGUUAAAUUAUAAGUUUUAAUAAUUAAGGUGGUGUAAAUAUUAUUAUUUCGAUAAAUUAAUUAAAGUUAUUUUGUGACUGAGGUUGUUGUAUUUUUUAUGAUGAAAUAGGACCCCGACAAUGAACAUCAUGGAAACCAGUAAUUGGCUUCUUGUUGCAUACCACAUUCU